GAGAGAGAUCAACGUACGUGCGCGCGCGCGCAGGGUACUUGUAUGCACAAGCCAAUCUUUUUCCUGUCAACCGGGCUUGUUACUGCUGUGCACCCAGUGAUCCCAUCAGUCCUGCAAUUUAUAUACUUCUCACCAAGCUCACCAACUUCUCUGCAACAACAAACUUCCUGCACUCUCUCUCAAAACACGCCGAAACACGCUCAAUGGCUCUUCACUCUGCCGUCUUCCUCUGCGUGUCGCUUGUAUGCCUGUCGUGCCUAUCUCAAGCGGCCAGCACAAACCAAUCCCAAUUCUUCGCCCUGAUGAAGGAUUCUUAUGGAAAUGCUAUGUUGAGUUGGAAUCUCGAUGGAGGGGCAGAGAAUUCCUUCUGCAGCUUUGAAGGCGUCACCUGCAACCAUCAAGGGGAGGUGGUAGAGUUGGACAUAGACGGGAAGUCGCUCUCUGGUGAGUUUCCUGCCGAUAUCUGCUCUUACCUGCCGCAGUUGCGCAUCCUUAGGCUCGGCCGCAAUAAGCUCCGUGGCGACUUCUACAACAGCUUCAUCAACUGCUCUCUUUUGGAAGAGCUCGACAUGAGCUUCUUGUACCUCCACGGAACUCUACCUGAUUUUUCUCCUAUGCAAUCUCUCCGGAUACUCGACCUCUCGUCCAAUCUCUUCACAGGCAAGUUCCCCAUGUCAGUCUUUAACCUUACCAACCUCGAGUCGCUCAACUUCAACGAGAACGACCGCUUCGAACCCUGGAGACUUCCCGAGACCAUCUCGCAGCUGAGCAAACUCAAGUCCUUGAUCUUGAUGACGUGCAUGGCCGAGGGACGGAUCCCGCCAUCCAUAGGAAACAUGACCUCGUUGGUUGAUCUUGAAUUGGGUGGGAAUUACCUGGUGGGGCCAAUCCCCAAAGAGCUCGGCCUGCUAAAGAACUUGAAGCAACUAGAGCUGUACUACAACCAGCUCAAUGGUAGCAUACCAGAGGAGCUUGGGAAUCUUACCGAGCUCAUAGACUUGGACAUGUCGGUCAACCUGUUGACGGGGAGAAUCCCGGAGUCUGUGUGCAGGCUCCCUCAUCUCGAAGUCUUGCAAGUUUACAACAACAGCCUCAGCGGAGAACUCCCGAGCGUGAUCGGCAGUUCAACAGCCCUGACCAUUUUGUCAAUUUAUGGCAACCAGUUCACAGGGGAAAUCCCGUGGAAUUUGGGGCAAUCGUCGCCUUUGAUCGUCCUAGACCUAUCUGAAAACCAAUUCUCCGGUCCCCUGCCAACAGAAGCCUGCAAAGGAGGUAAACUGCAGUAUUUCCUAUUCCUGGCUAAUAAUUUCUCUGGAAAGUUACCGCCCAGUUAUGCAAAUUGCUUGACCCUGUUGCGGUUCCGGGUUAAUUCUAACGACCUAGAGGGCCCAAUCCCGGAAGGACUUCUAAGUUUGCCUCACGCUUCGAUCAUAGAUUUGUCUGAUAAUCAUCUGAGUGGUACUAUAGCGGGUACAAUCGGGAAUGCGAGGAACUUGUCGGAGUUCUUCAUACAGAAAAACGACAUCACAGGCGUGAUACCUCCUGAAAUCUCUGGAGCCACCAACUUAGUCAAGAUUGAUCUGAGUGGCAAUAGGCUAUGGGGUCCAAUACCUUCAGAAAUCGGCAACCUCAAGAAGCUCAAUUUGUUGCUGCUGCAAAGUAAUAGGCUGAAUUCUUCCAUCCCCAAGUCCCUGUCUUCACUGAAGUCACUCAAUGUUCUUGACCUCUCCAACAACCUCCUGACAGGGAAAAUCCCCGAAAGUCUCUGCGAAUUGUUGCCGAACUCCAUUAACUUCUCAAACAAUCAUCUUUCCGGUCCAAUUCCGCCUUCACUAGUGAAAGGAGGUUUGGUAGAAAGCUUGGCCGGCAACCCAGGACUCUGCAUUUCUGCAUCCGCCGAUUCAUCGGAUAAGAGUUUCCCCAUAUGCCCACAGACCUCCUCGCGGAAGAAGCUGAAUUCUAUAUGGGCGAUAGCAAUUUCAUCGGCUAUCAUUACUUUGGGAACAAUACUGUUCCUCAAGCGCUACUGCAGCAAGGAGAGAUCGGUCAUGGACCGUGAUGAGACGCACUCUUUGUCACUCUUCUCAUAUGACGUGAAGAGUUUCCAUCGAAUAAGCUAUGAUCACCAGGAGAUCGUUGACGCCUUGGUCAAUGAGAACAUAGUGGGACGCGGCGGUUCCGGCACGGUCUACAGGAUAGCGCUGAAAAGUGGGGAAGUUGUUGCCGUGAAGAGGUUGUGGAGCCGAAGUGCAAAAGAUUGCGUCCCCGAAGAUCAUUCAGUUCUGGACAGGGGGUUGAAGACCGAAGUGGAAACUCUGGGAAAUGUAAGGCACAAGAACAUAGUCAAGCUGUACAGUUACUUCUCGAGUCGCGAUUGCAGUUUGCUGGUUUACGAGUACAUGCCUAACGGAAAUCUCUAUGAGGCACUCCACAAGGGGCCCCUCAAUCUGGAUUGGCCCAUCCGUCAUCAGAUUGCGCUAGGGAUCGCACAGGGUUUGGAAUACCUCCAUCACGAUCUGCCAACGCCUAUUAUUCACAGAGACAUCAAGUCGACCAACAUCCUGCUCGAUGCUCACUUUCAACCCAAGGUCGCUGAUUUCGGCAUAGCCAAAGUUUUGCAGGCAAGAGGCGGCAAGGAUUCGACUUCUACUGUCAUCGCGGGGACUUAUGGGUACCUGGCCCCAGAAUAUGCAUAUUCAUCAAAAGCAACCACCAAGUGUGAUGUGUACAGCUUCGGGGUCGUCUUGCUGGAACUAAUAACGGGGAAGAGGCCAGUAGAGCAUGAGUUUGGAGAGAACAAGAACAUCACAUGCUGGGUUUCGACCAAAGUGGACACCAAGGAAGGCACUGUAGAAGUUUUGGACAAGCGAUUAUCGAGUUCGUUUAGGGAAGACAUAAUUCGGGUUCUUCGGAUUGCCAUUUGCUGCACUUAUGGAGCCCCUGCUCUUCGUCCAACCAUGAAUGAGGUCGUUCACUUGCUGAUAGAGGCCGACCCUUGCAAAUUCGGUUCUUGCAAAACGUCAGACAAGAUUAAAGAAACAUUCGAUCCUCCUAAAACAAAGUAACUCUUACGAUCUGAUGAGCAGUUCGGCAGGCUUCUCGGUGUAGGCAUGUAGGAAGUAUAUUAUAUGUACACAAGUACAGUCUCUGAACACUAACGAGAGACACUUUUCAUAAACAAGAAUUUAAGAGCUCUGUUUUCUCUUUUUGGUCCUAUGUAUUAAGAAUGUUGGCUUGUAGAUUAUGCCAAUCCUUAAAACUUUCUCAGUUUCCUUUCUUUUUAAUUUCUGGUUUCAUGGCUCUGUAGUAUACUGAGGAACUAAAUGGCUAUGACAGCUUUUUAUGACAGAUAGAAUCUGUAUAUUUCACAGUCC